AUGUGUCUGAAUUGGCGUUGGGAUGGAAGCACGUCCCUGGGCACUGCUUUCCUGGGGAAAGGACGCGGAGGUAACAAGCGGAGGCAACGAGGACGCGCCGAGCCCUCGCUGUACAUUCUGCCAGGAUGGAAGGAACCGUGCUCAGCGAACGAAGGAUGGAUACUGAUGCUGCUGCCGUUGCUGGGGGUGGGUGGCGCAGGCAUGCUGACGCGACGCGAUGCGACGCAGCGCAGCGUACGUCAACACAGCGAGAAGAGGCAGGUGUCUGUGUGCUAG